GUUCAGACUUGGAGCUGGAACUGUGUACUUGAGAGAUGGCCUUUUACAGCGGCCGGUGUGGCCGAGUUUUCUCCACACACGCACUGCUUUCUUUGCGGAGAGUGGAAGUGUCCUGCACAGAGCAUGGGGGUAAAUAUUAUUCUGGGGCGACCCGGGUAGAGAACCAGGUUCAAGCGGCGAGGACUUCUUCACCUUAUACCCCUAAUGCAGCCUCCAGCGUGAACCUGCAACAGCAGCGUGGGCAGGAAUUAACUGUAACAAGUGGUCAGAGGCAGGUUUUAAAGGACGUCCUACCGUUCUCAGAAUUCCUCACGGACACUUUUGGGAGAAGACACAAUUAUUUGCGGAUUUCCCUUACAGAAAAAUGCAACCUCCGCUGUCAGUACUGCAUGCCAGAAGAAGGGGUGAAGCUGAGUCCAAAAGAACAGCUCUUAUCUACCGAGGAGGUGCUGACCCUGGCUCGACUAUUUGUGCGAGAAGGGGUGGAGAAGAUCCGCCUGACUGGAGGAGAACCCCUUAUCCGCCCUGACGUCCUCCAUAUAAUUGCGGAAAUGAGGAAAAUGGAUGGUCUAAAGACGAUCGCUGUAACUACUAAUGGCCUGAACCUCUCCAGGCUGCUGCCAGGUUUAAAGAAAGCUGGAGUGAACUUGCUCAACGUCAGUCUAGACUCAUUAGUGCCAGCCAAGUUUGAGUUCAUCGUUAGACGCAAAGGUUUCCAUAAGGUGAUGGAAGGUAUUGAUAAGGCCAUUGAAUUGGGUUAUAAUCCAGUUAAGGUGAACUGCGUGGUAAUGAGGGGUCUGAAUGAAGAUGAGUUGCUGGACUUUGUGAAUCUGACCGAGAGGAAACCUCUGGAUGUGCGCUUCAUAGAGUACAUGCCCUUUGAUGGCAAUAAGUGGAAUUUCAGGAAGAUGGUGAGUUAUGCAGAGAUGCUGGACCGCAUUAAGCAGCAAUGGCCUAGUCUGGAGCCGCUUCCUGGGGAAGAGACGGGGACCGCCAAGGCUUUCAGGGUACCAGGAUUUCAGGGCCAGCUGGGCUUUAUCACCUCCAUGUCAGAUCAUUUCUGCGGCUCCUGCAACCGUCUACGCAUCACAGCUGAUGGCAACCUGAAGGUGUGUUUGUUCGGAAACUCCGAGGUGUCUUUGAGAGACUGUCUGCGCUCCGGAGCAUCUGACGAAGAACUUCUGCAGAUUAUAGGAGCUGCAGUGGGCCGGAAGAAAAAACAGCACGCUGGCAUGUUCAGUAUAUCCCAGAUGAAGAACAGGCCAAUGAUCCUCAUCGCUGAAGAAGGCAGUCGGUCUGCAACGGUGCCGAGCAGUGAGCACAGGAGGUAUCCGGUUCCUACUUUCCUCACUCCUCUGCCAGGCCGAGUACUGCCGCGCUCGGAGAUCCUGUCCUUUCUACAUAACAGUGUUGAUGAGGCUAGUGAUGACUUCAACAACAGCACUUUGAUGACAAAUGCACCAGCUUCAACAAACUCUGGCAUCUCUUUGGAAAAUGUUUACCAUGGCCAUCAGGGAAGGAAGCAAGUUUUCCCAGAGGAAAUCUACAGUAACACAAUUCCUGAUUUUGAGUACGCUUCCACUUGUGAACCACGCACAGUUCGAUUUGCACGUCUCAGACAAGCACACAGACUUGUUGGCUCUCUCAGGCACCACUCGGUGAGGGACAGCCAGUCUUUUUCCACGUCUCUUCUCAGCACUUUAUUCCUCAAACGGAAACACAUAAUGCAGCCGAUUGUAAGGGAGUGUCAUAAACAAAAGGAUGCUUGCGAUGGCUUUAGAGAAUCACAUAGCACCCCAAACCUAGAUGAACCCUCUGACCAGCUGACCCACACUGACGUGCAUGGCAGAGCCUCGAUGGUGAACGUCGGCGAUAAAGCGGUGACACGUCGUACUGCCACAGCAAGCGCUCGCAUCCUACUAGGCUCCAAGGCUUUCAGCCUGGUCCGGGCUAACCAGAUAGCUAAGGGUGAUGCCUUGGCAGUCACGCAGCUAGCGGGCAUCAUGGGCGCUAAGCAAACAUCUGCCCUCAUUCCAUUGUGCCACCCUGUAUCGCUCGACCACACCUCCGUCAGUGUGGAGCUCCUGGAAGAAGGUCACGUCGCUGUUGUAUUGGCAACAUGCCGAACAACAGGACGCACCGGAGUGGAAAUGGAGGCUCUGACUGCAGCAUCAGUCGCUGCGCUGACACUCUAUGACAUGUGUAAGGCAGUGAGUCGAGAUAUAGUUAUAACUGACAUCAAACUUCUGAGUAAAACCGGAGGACAACGGGGCGAUUUUCAUCGCACCGCAUAAUACACAUGCAGAUCAUCCGUAAAUAUAAUGUAGCUAGUUCAAGCUGAUGCUUUUCCCCCAAAAAAACCUACGUUUUAUAGUGCCUUUAGAAUUUAAUAUUGCAUUGAGAUUUUGUAGUGCUCAUUGCCUUUGUAGCAGAAAACACUAAUCUAUAUCAAUUCUUUUUUCAUAUAUAUAUUUUUGAAAGUAACUUUUGGAAGACAUUUUUGAAGUUAUGACGAGUGUUAGAUAGUGCCCUAUUUUUUGAAGGGAUGCGUCGUAUUAAGAAGAAAUAAGCUGAAAAAAAUCACUAAUGUGUUAAGAUAUGGCCUUCAGGAUACGAUCAAUGUCCCGAAGCGUGAGAUACAUCCCGAAACGCCGCAUGAUGGCUCAUCCUCCCGUCAACCUGAUCCUAAAGGAACCACAAGUUGGUUUCUACUUUCCAGUGUUUCUACUGCAGUUGUUGUUCUUCAGUGACCACGUCUGCAACCAAUACAGACUUCAUCUGUCUGAUAGCUGGACACUUGGUUUAAAGUCAGUAAGGUAACUCGUUUCGUCAUUUCCCACUGAACUGACCAAUGAUAGAAAUAUACGAGGUGGUAUCAAAAAGUUUUAAAGAAAGUACUUUAUCUAUGUUUACACACGAUCACACCUUUCCUGCCACUUCUGCGAUGUGUCCUGUAACUCUUCUUUUCAAAACAUGUCAAGCACCUUCCACUAUUCACGCUGGAUCUCCGCAGUGGUGUCCAAAUGGCGACCUUUGAGCCGGAUCUUCAUCUUCGGGAAGAGGGCGAAGUCCGCAGGAGCCACAUAUGGCGAGUAGGGUGAGUGCGGAAGUGAGAUCACGAUGUUUCCGACGAGAAACUCGCUAGGGAAAAGAGCUCGGUGACACGGUGGUCCAAAUAGCAGACGUAGAAUGGCACCAGUUGCAGAACCCCUGAUAUGCACAGGACGAUGUCUUUUGGCACACUGACUUAUGAAGGUUGGUGCUCCCUGUGACUGUGCAUGCGGCUUCACACUGCGCUCACGUUGGGGUGUUACAACUUUUCGAUUCCACCUUGUAGGUUUCUAGUAAUAACAGUUUCUCUCAUCAUAUUCAUAGUUCCAGGUUGUGUCUGAUGCAAUGAACAGAGAAG